UCCUGCGCCGGAAGUGGGGGUGUGGAGGAGCGCGCGUUGGCCAGUCUUCGGGAAGCCCCGGCGACCCCGCUUGCUUGGGCCGCGCCCGCCGGGAGCUGGGCUGGGGCAGACGCGGGGCGCGAAGAUGCCAGUGGCGGUGAUGGCGGCGAGCGGCGCCUUCAGCUACCGGAAGCUGCUGGAACAGUGCGAGACUCAGGAGCUGGAGGCUCCUGGAGGAAUAGCAACACCACCUGUUUAUGCCCAGCUCCUAGCUUUGUAUCUUUUGCAUAAUGACAUGAACAAUGCACGGUAUCUCUGGAAAAGAAUUCCUCCCGCCAUUAAAUCUGGAAAUCCUGAACUUGGAGCAAUUUGGUCAGUAGGGCAGAGAAUCUGGCAAAGGGAUUUUCCUGGAAUUUAUACAACAAUUGGUGCUCAUCAGUGGUCUGAGUCUAUUCAACCAGUUAUGGAAGCACUUAGAGAUGCAACCAGGCGGCGAGCUUUUGGACUGGUGUCUCAAGCAUAUACUUCAAUAAGUGCAGAUGACUUUGCGGCCUUUGUUGGGCUUCCUCUAGAGGAAGCAGUGAAAGGAGUUCUUGACCAGGGAUGGCAAGCAGAUUCAUCAACUCGCAUGGUUCUUCCUAAAAAGUCAGGUCCCCAAGAGCCUUCAUUUAACAGAUUUCACCCAUUAUCAGAACCUGCUCCAGUCCCACCAAUUCCUAAUGAACAGCAGUUGGCCCGGUUAACUGACUAUGUAGCUUUCCUUGAAAACUGAAGUUUCAGUCACUUGUUCAUGACAUCCGGUGUACUUCUGGGGCCCUCCGAUACGUUUAUCCCAUUGAAUGUUAUUACUAUUAUGGAAGAUGCUGGUAAAACAGUUUUGUAUUUCAUCUUGAUGUUUGUUUGCUUGAACAAGAUUUUUUUUAAAAAAUUUACUCUUCGUAAUUAUCAACCAGGUGCACAGCAGUAUUAUCAGAUGGGAUUUAAGUUAUUUGGCUUUAAUGCAAAGGAGGCAGCACCUCUGCGACGGUAAUGCACUCUAAAUGUUGGAAUGUCGAGCAUUGCCAUGCGGGGAUGGAAAACCAAAAACUGAAAGGAUUCUAUGUAGACCAGGGUAUGAAGUUGGUCUGUUGCUGAGAACCACCUUUGCAGUGUCUUUCCAUACAGAGUAGAGUCUGCCUACUGUGUAAUGCAUAUUAUUGCCUUGUUCAUUUAUAAUGUGGUUCUGCAGUUGACUGCUCUAUUUUAAUCAUCCUAAUUUACCUCUUUAAGGUAAAAUAUAUGCACUUGUAUUUCUUCAUUUAAAAAUAUUUACAAAACAUAUUUGAGUUACCCAUUAGAUCUUCUGGGGAAAUAUGGGUCGCUCUUUUAAUUUUUGCAUUUUAUAGAUAAGGGAAUAUGGUUUUCAGAAACUUUCAUUAGUGGCAGUUACAUGAUAGUCUCACCGGUAUCUGGGUUUGUGAUCUUGUAACAAGUGUUGAAUGUUUGUUCUCUCAGAUAGGUAGCCUGCAGCUGUAUUUGCAUUGAAGUCAACAGUUUCUGAUUGCCUGUCCUAAUAAUCUGGAAGAUACUUUCCAUCUCUGUAAAUGCAAUUCUGCCUGAUUACAAAUGGGUGAAAUUACAGUGCAACUUUGGGUUUGGUUUCUGAAUUGUCUUCCUGCUGGUCUGGUCUUGCUACCUUCAUUGCCAGUGUACAAAGGAAACACCUUUGCUAUUCCCUUGCCUCUGCCCCUUGUGUCUAAAAUGCCAACUUUACCCAUAUUGCUUUUCUUUACUCCUUAUUUUUUUUUUUUUUUUUGUUCCAGCCACUUAAAGGCUUGUCCUUCAAAAAUGGAUAGUAUCUGCCAUCUGUAGUGACACUUUUCUCCCAGUGCACUACUACUGUAUGUUUUUGACUUACAACAUUUUUGGAUGUGUUUGAUGCAAAGAGGGUCCUAAAAUGUGCAUAGUUAUGUUAAGUCACCCUUAAUGAGUUUAAUGAUUGAUCUUAAACUAUUAUUUAUUUAAAAAUCUGUUUAAGCCUCAGCUUUCUAAGUAGUGGAAGGUUAAUUUUGCUAAUAAUAAAAAUUGUUUACACCA